AUGGGGGGCAAAUCCGGAUCGAAGACUGUCUACUUCGACAAGCUGAAGACUCUGCUCGACGAGUACAAGUCCAUCUUCAUUGCAAGUCAUCUCGACAGCCGCAGUGGGACGUUCUCGCUCCGCGGCGAUGCUGUGGUUCUGAUGGGCAAGAACACCAUGGUUCGUCGAGCUCUCAAGGGAUUCGUGACGGAGAACCCGGAAUUUGAGCGUCUGCUCCCACACGUCAAAGGCAACGUUGGAUUCAUCUUCACCAACGGGGAUUUGAAGACCAUUCGUGACAAGAUCCUGGCCAACCGAGUCGCAGCCCCGGCUCGUGCUGGCGCCGUUGCUCCCGGCGAUGUGUACGUCCCCGCGGGAAACACUGGUAUGGAACCUGGCAAGACCUCUUUCUUCCAGGCCCUCGGUGUCCCCACCAAGAUUGCCCGUGGUACCAUUGAAAUCACCACCGACCUCAAGUUGGUUGAGGCUGGCGCGAAAGUUGGUGCCUCAGAAGCUACGCUUCUCAACAUGUUGAACAUCUCUCCCUUCACGUACGGUAUGAAGGUUGUACAGGUCUAUGAGGAGGGCCAGACCUUCGAUCCGAGUGUGUUGGAUAUCGAGGAGAGCCAGUUGCUCAAGUCCUUGUCGUCCGCUAUUGCCACCAUCACUACCAUUUCUCUGGCUGCCAACUACCCGACUCUGCCGUCUGUUAUCCACAGCUUGAUCAAUGGCUACAAGAAGCUCAUCUCGGUGGCCAUCGAGACCGACUACAGCUGGGAGGCCAUUGAUGAGCUCAAAGAUCGCAUUGCGAACCCUGAGGCUUAUGCCGCUGCCGCUCCUGUCGCCGCUGCCGCCAGCGACGACGCUGCGCCAGCUGCGGCCAAGGAGGAAGAAAAGGAAGAGGAGAAGGAAGAGAGUGAUGACGAGGGCUUCGGUGGACUUUUCGACUAG